AUGACUCAGUCUACUUCUCACCGUCGUUCUCCUUCCUCUCCUCAUGCCUCAAAGCCGAAGUCUUCUCGUCCUGUCUUACAUCGGAGAGGUGCUUCUGCUGUCCGUUCCAUCUCCAAGCUUGGUGCUGGUCCCGGUCAUUCACACUCAAACUCAUACUCCCAUUCAAGAAGUGUGAAGGAGGACGACAUCGAAUUCGAUAUGGCUGCUAGUUUUCUCAAUUUCUGUGCCAUGUGCGAAAAACAGAUCACCGUCCCCAACAAUUCCCUCUUAUACUGCAGUGAAAGCUGUCGCCGCAAGGACUCCUGCAAACCUCUCUCCGCCUCAUUGCCCUCAAUGACAAGCAUCUCCUCCAUCUCCUCAACAUCCACAUCACCACCAACAUCUCCAUCUCUUUCUCCCCGCACAAUCGUCGCCCCAAUGACUCCUACCCGCCCAAUCCCAUCCAUCAGGAUACCCUCCACAGUCCACGACUGCAAGACAGAUCUUGAUCCCACCGAAUGGAAGCCCGUAAUAGGUCGUGCCACCAGCCUCGCAUCCUCAGAUGCAUGGGCCUACCUCUCCGUCUUCCACGGUGGAAACGAGUCUCUCCUAGCCCGUCGCCAGGAAAGAAGCACCUCCAGCUUGCCAGCUCUAGUCCCCUCGAACAACCACGAUGGACACGGACACACUCACAUCCGUGUUCCAUCUCUCACUCAUACUCCUUCCACCAUCGCAAGCUCUUUCAGCAGCGAUGCCUCUGAUGAGCUGAGCAUGUACGAGGCUUCAAACAGACCUCUUCCUCCCCGACACAACCCGUACUUCGGACAUGGAACCGCGCCUAAGGGUGUUGAGCUUGUAACGCCACUUUCGGAGAACCUUGAGAUUCCCGUUGAGGUUGUUGAUACCGCUGAAGACUGGGAAGAUACUCAUGUCCCUGUUUCGGUCUCUGUAUCUACUCACAAGAAGACGGCGCCUAUUUCUAUGGUGCGGGGCGGCGGGUCCGCGCGUCGUGUGAGUUCUUGA